UCUUUCAGUACACCAGACAGUUCUUGUUCGACAACUCGGAAAUUAACACAUGUUUAAAAAUGUAUUCCUUUUAAUCAUGUGUUUGUGCACAUCGUACCCCUCUCAAAAUGGAUAAGCUGUUGUUUACAGAAUGAAUAAACUGUUUACCAUCACUGCACCCAAGAAAUCGUUGUGCCAGAUGUUACUUGACUGACGGUUUUGGGUAUUCAAUGGUCUCAAGUUGUCAUCGAGCUUAAAACUACUCGCCAAGAUGAGUCCAGAAGGAAAGACCCUGCUCAACAUUAUUAUCCUGGGCUUGGGAUUCAUGGUGAUAUUCACUGCCUUUGGGACCUGCGGCAAUAUUGAACAAACCGUGAUAAAAAGCUUUAAUAGCACUGAGUUCCAUGGAAGUGGCUACACAAGCAUGGCGAUUAUCUAUGCUGUAUUCUCCGCCUCAAACCUUAUUGCCCCCUCUGUGAUAGCAGUCAUUGGUCCUCAGUUGUCUUUGUUUUUUAGUGGAGUUGUUUACAGUGCUUAUAUUGCUGUGUUCAUUCAUCCUUACACCUCGUCAUUCUACACUUUAUCUGUGUUGCUUGGAAUAGCCGCUGCAGUGCUGUGGACAGCUCAGGGUAACCUGCUCACAAUCAACUCUAAAGACUCCACCAUUGGGAGAAACAGUGGAAUAUUCUGGGCAUUGAUGCAGUUUAGCUUAUUCUUUGGCAAUCUCUACAUAUAUCUUGCCUGGCAUGGUAAAAGUCACAUAACCGACAAAGACCGUCAGACGGUUUUCAUCACACUCACGGUUAUCAGCCUUGUGGGCAACUUCCUCUUUUUCCUGAUCCAGCGACCAGACCCUGAACUGGAACCUUCUGACGACUCUGAGUCACUUCUACCAGCAGACAUCUCUGAUAGUGGCUCAGUGGUUGCAUCACAGAGUCUGGGCUCUCAGGCAUGGAAUGCAUUCAAGAAAUCCAUAGAACUUGCUAUGACCAAAGAGAUGCUUUUGCUCAGCAUAGCCUUUGCAUACUCUGGUCUCGAGCUCACCUUUUACAGUGGAGUGUACGGGACAUGUUUAGGGGCCAUGACUCAAUUUGGAGAGAAUGCCAAAGGUCUCAUUGGACUUUCUGGGAUUUUGAUCGGUGUUGGGGAAAUACUGGGAGGGGGAGUGUUUGGGAUCCUGGAUAAGUGCCACUGCAUUGGCAGAAACCCAGUGGUGUUUCUAGGGCUUGUUACACAUUUUGUGGCAUUCUACCUUAUCUUCCUCAACAUAGCCAGUGAUGCUCCCGUUGCCCCAGAGGAAGGCACACAUAUGCAAGCCUACAUACAACCCAGCGUGCACGUGGCACUGAUAUGCAGUUUCCUGCUGGGUCUGGGUGAUAGUUGCUACAACACUCAGCUCAUCAGCAUUGUGGGUUUCUUGUUCCCGCAAGACAGCGCGCCAGCGUUUGCCGUCUUCAAGUUUGUACAGUCCAUCACAGCUGCCGUGGCCUUCUUCUAUAGCAACUACCUUCUGCUGCAAUGGCAGCUGCUCAUCAUGGUGCUGGUGGGCUUCCUGGGCACAGUGUCUUUCUUUGUGGUGGAGUGGACAGUUAUCCACAGUCGACGGGAUUCGGAUUAUGACAGUAUCUGAG